CCUUAUUGGAUGCCCUUGGACAGCUCGUCCAGGGUCAACAUGCAAUGCAAAACGAUGCGGCAGCCGCCGCUCCACCGCUCCCGCAGCCACAACACGCAGUUGCACCACCUUUUCGUCCUUUUGGUGCGAAACUGGAAAGCUGGACGGAGUGGUCACGCCAAUUUGGAUUCCAUCUCGCCGCCUACAGAAUUCAAGGUAACGACCGGCAGCCUUUUUUGUUAGCGGCCGUAGGCGUCCAGACAUACCGUGUGAUAGUGAAAUUAUUUCCCCGACGCGAUGUAGCAACUCUGUCCUACGAAGAAAUUUUGUCUGCAUUAGAUGCAUAUUUCAAAGAAUCAAUCAAUGUAGUUGCAAAAAGGUAUACCUUCUUUCGUACAAAACGUACGGCCGGUCAAACUAAUCGGGAGUGGGUUGCAACCUUGCAAGGCCUUACUAGGGAUUGUGCUUUUGAGUGUGAAUGUGGACUCCCUUAUUCAGAUACUAUGGUACGUGAUGCAAUUGCACAGAACGUUUCUGAUGUUCGUAUAAGAGAACAGAUUUUGAAACUGGUCAAUCCCUCCCUUCAACAAGUGAUGGAUAUAUUGGAUCGGCAGGACACACUUGACUUUGCUCAGGAAUCAUUUGCAACUUCGCCACCCGUGUGUCAGGUUAACCGGCUCGCCCGGCGAGCUGGUUGCGCUAAGAACUAUAAAGCACAUUUGGAACUGAAAGUCAACGCGCAAUCGAAAUUUUUCCGAGCGCGCAAUGUUCCCCACGCAUUGCGUGAUGAGGUCGCAAAAACAUUACACGAUUUGGAAUCACAAGGUGUAAUUGAACGUGUGCAGGCUUCUCUCUGGGCAUCACACUUAGUAAUUUUGCAAAAGCCUUCCGGAAAAUUGAGACUUUGUGUGGACUUCAAGGCAACAGUGAAUCCCCAACUAGUGACUGCAACUUUUCCUUUACCCCGCCCGGAAGAUCUUUUUGACAAAGUGUGCCCGGGUAAAUAUUUUUCGAAGUUGGACCUAGCAGAUGAGUACUUGCAAAAUACCGGUGGACGAAGAAUCCCAGCGCGUUUUGGUGGUUAACACGCAUCUUGGUUUGUGCCGAUUCAAACGACUGCCAUUCGCGUGUGCAUCCGCCCCUGCAUUGUUUCAGCAAUAUCUGCAAACAGUUUGUGCGUCGGUCCCUACUGCAGCGAACUAUCUGGACGAUAUAGUGAUCUCCGGAAAGACGGAAGAAGAACAUUUAGCCACUCUCAGAACGUUAUUUCAGGUCUUGCGACAAAAUGGUCUUCGCUUGCGGAAGGACAAAUGUGUGUUUUUUGCUCGUGACUUACCCUAUCUGGGCCAUGUACUCAAUGCCCAAGGCAUACAUCCCAGUCUAGAGCACCUCCGUGCCUUACAAGACUUGCCUUCGCCGCAGAAUUUGAAGCAGCUACAGAGUGUGCUGGGAAAAAUAAAUUACUAUAAGAAAUAUGUGCGCCACGCCUCUUCCAUUUCAGCUCCGCUUCAUCGCUUACGCCGUAAAGGUGUUCCGUUCGUCUGGACGACGGAAUGCGAACGCGCCUUUCGCCAGUUGAAAUCGGCGUUGCUUUCCAAUACUUGCCUUACGCCAUUCGAUCCCCAGAAACCCCUUUUGUUGAUGGUGGAUGCAUCGGAUUUCGGGAUCGGUGCUGUGCUUGCGCACAAAGAUGGUUCGCACGAUCGCCCUAUUGCCUUUGCGUCCAAAUUGCUCUCGUCUGCACAAAGCAAUUAUUCACAGAUCGAGAAAGAAGCUUUGGCUCUCGUAUUUGGUGUUACUAAGUUUCAUGAUUUCUUGUAUGGUCGUCACUUUACCAUCAUCACAGACCACAAACCUUUGACAUCGCUUUUUCAUCCGAACAAGCCUGUACCUCCACGUACAGCGCAGAAAUUCAUUCGCUGGUCUAUUUUCCUCUCGCAGUACCGCUACGAUAUCUUGUAUCGGUCCACUGCUAAGCACGGAAACGCCGAUGCGUUGUCCCGUUUGCCUGUUGGUGAGGAUAGAGCAUUCGAUUCCUCCGAACUUGCUUGCAUGUUCAUUGAUUCGGAAACCGAUGACGUGAUCGAAUCGUUUCCGAUUGAUUUUCGUCGUGUGGCUACAGCCACAGCUGCCGACCCUGUCCUUGCUACCGUUCUGCGUUUUGUUGCUACGCAAUGGCCCUUGCCAAAGUCACGAUUCGAGGAUCCGUUGGUUCGCCGAUUUUUUGCUCACAAGGAGAGACUUUUUGUACGACGUGGUGUUUUACUGUUGCGUUCUGAUAAUGAUCAGUCCAGGGUCGUGGUCCCACGUUCGUUACGAUCCUCUGUCUUACGACUUCUCCACCAAGGACAUUGGGGUAUAGUGCGAACGAAACAACUUGCUCGUCAGCACUGUACUUGGUUCGGAAUCGAUGCUGCGAUUACGAAUAUGUGCUCUUCUUGCAUGGCGUGUGCCGAACAACAAUCCGCACCACCUCGGAAAUUCUUUGCAUGGCCAAAAGUCACUUCCCCUUGGCAAUGCUUACACAUCGAUUUUGCUGGUCCAUUCUGGAAUGCUCGAUGGUUGGUUCUGCUCGAUUCAUUCAGUAAUUUUCCUUUUGUUGUCCAGAUGUCUUCCAUGACGUCAUCUGCUACCAUCCAAGCGUUAUCUGCUAUCUUUUGCAUUGAAGGUCUUCCACAGACUAUUGUUUCCGACAAUGGCCCACAAUUCAUGUCCGCAGAAUUUCAGUCAUUCUGCAAGGCCAAUGGUAUUCAACGUCUGACGUCCGCGCCGUUUUCGCCACAGUCAAAUGGUGCCGCUGAACGUUUGGUCAGGACUUUCAAGUCCCAGAUGUUGAAGUUGAAAGAGUCGCAUUCUCGGGAGGACGCGUUAUUGCUCUUUUUGUCCUCGUAUCGCUCUCAGCCCCGAGAUGGUCGCUCGCCGGCUGAGUUGCUCCACGGUCGUCCUCAUCGAACCUUGAUGUCUUUGCUACAUCCGCCGCAUCAGGUUCCUGGGCAGCGGCAGACACCUGCUUUUGCCCCAGGCGACGUUGUAUAAUAUUGCAACUAUCGAGGUUCACGGCGUUGGCUCGAAGGGCGCAUUCUUCGCUGCCUCGGCCGCGCUAUGUAUCUGGUUUUGGGGGCCUCUGGUGAGGUGCGUCGGCAUCUCAAUCAGCUGCGCCUCUGUCGUCGCAUGGGUUCUGCCGCUCCCCGUCUGCUUUCAGCGACGGUGCCGUCCGGUCAGCGCCCUGGGGCCCCGUCUACUGGCUCGCCUCAUCCCCAGGUGUUACCGACGCUGCCUUCCAUUUUGCCCCAUGGCGACGCGCUGCCGCCUGUUCUCCCGCCGGCGACGCCCGCAGUGGACGCGUCGCUGCAACCGCCGGGCGCCUCCCUGGGUCACGCGCCGCCCAUCGCUUCCCGUGACCAACUGUCCUCUGACAUGGAACUCUUGCCCGCUCCGGACCACAUGGCGUCUUCGCCAAUCGGGUGCCCCGACCCAAUGGAGGUCGACCCUUCGGCCCCUCCUGUCUCUCUACGGGCGCAUACACCGCAUGUUGGCGUGCACCCUGGAGUAGGUUUUCAGGCGUUUCCUAGCUCCCCUCGGGCCGAAUGGCAGGGUGCGGGUGACACAGCCUCGCCUGUUGUUAGGCUCCCCACCUCGUCGCAUACGUCAACAUGGGGUCCUCCCCACGGCGGGCGGAAGCCAUAUAACACAACCGUACGCCGAUUUGCGGGGGAGGAAUGUGGUGUCACCGCCAGACACCACACUUGCUAGGUGGUAGCUUAAAUCGGCCGCGGUCCAUGUAGUACAUGUCGGACCCGCGUGUCGCCACUGUGAUCGCAGACCUAGCGCCACCACCAAGGCAGGUCUCGUGAUACGAGAG